AUGCAGGCAAGCAAAUGCGAGACGCGCAAGACGAGAGAACAGGAAACAAAGGAAACAAAGAGUGAGGAAAGUGAUAGAAAUGAAUUCUCCAAACAGAUUGAAGCACGAAGUCAGGGGGGCGCCGUCGCAAUACGGGUAUCUGCAGUUGGAUCAGGGCCUUUAGGGAUACGGCUUGGACGGAUGUCCUUCCUAGAUCACAUAUUCGAUUUCAAGUACUCCUAA